AUGGGACCUACGAAAGGCUCAACGAGCUACGUUCGACUACGCGGUGCAGCGAGUGUCGUCGGCCUAGGGUCCUUUGAAAGUAGUAAAGGGGUUCCCAGCAAGCACACUGCUAUAACGAGACACCUUGUCACACAGCUUUUAGAGGCGGUGAACCUUCGCUUUAAUUAUUGCCGGGCAUGUAAGGUAUUCUUCGACCGUGACGCAGUAGGGGCGGAAAACAUCGCAAGAAUUGGUCCUGCUCAAAUUGAGAGGCAAGAGAGACCUGCAAAGUACAAACCUUCGGAAGAGUCGCCUGCUCCGGGUGCAAAGCGCGCACGACGCUAG